ACACACACACACACACACACACACACACACACACACACACACACACAUACAUACACGCAUAUAUACGCACAGUACUACUACCAGAGACGUCUUGGGUAUGCCACUGGAUUUGGGGUGACAGGUCUGGCAGGUUCAUGGGAGACAGAAAAUAAAAAACACACACAAACAAGACACAAUGACUCACACAGAGAGAGAGAGAGAGAGAGAGAGAGAGAGAGAGAGAGAGAGAGAGAGAGAGAGAGAGAGAGAGAGAGAGAGAGAGAGAGAGAGAGAGAGAGAGAGAGAGAGAGAUAGUGAUGGGCAGAUGCUGACUUGUAAAACAGUGUUGGUUUAUCUUUAUGAAGGAUUGAGGUUGGAAUAAGGAGCGAAUCACAGAUUAAAGGGUUUUGACCAUCGUUAAAAACGAUGGUCAAAAGAAAGCGUUUCAACAUUAGCAUAUUAGCCUAGCUGUGAUAGUUGAUGACAUUUUACAAACUUUUAUUUUGUUGACACAAUUGAUAUGUUUAAUGGUGAAAUAAUUAUUAGAAGUUUGGAUUUGAAUAAAUUCGAGGACUCACCUUGGCAGGGGGCGAUGAUGUAACGUUUAACAGAUCUUUGUGCAGGCGCAACGGCUGCUUGUGUUACAGAAGUGAAGGAAAAAUUACUGAAACGAAUGGCAUGAUAUUAAAUAAUCAAUCAGGUAAGGUGUAGUUCAUCGAUGAAACUGUUAAUAUUCAUGUUGAGAAAUUGGAGCGAUAUUAACGAUGGCAAUUUACAAAGCAACCGACAGAAACUUGAAAAAUCCUCAAAAUAACGAACAAACCAAACAUCUGUAGAUUCACUGAAGAAAAUAAAGAAAAUUAAACACACAUUUCUUGCCCUAAAUAUCAACAAGUGGGAUUUUUUUUUCUUUUGUUCUCACAGAAACACAAACUCUGGUUGAGCUUCAUUAAACCAAACUUAAAGCAGACUGAUCCACUCUUCUGUCUGAGGGGUUCGGUGUCAGCUCGUCUGAGACGUGUCCUUCAGACUGAUGACGUCUCCUGUGGUGGACGGGUUCUGUGUCACUGAAGGAGAACCAUUCAGCUUUUUAACUUUGAGCAAAUCAAGUUUAAUUCUAGUGUGUGUGUGUGUGUAUGAAUUCAUCAUUAGUUCACAUUGAACUAGAUAUUUAAGCAUCUUUUAAAAUGUUUCAUAAAUAAAGUUCUUCUUCUCAUUCUUCUUCCUCCACUCCUGACACCAUCAUCAGCGUGUGAUGUCACAGACAGAUCCUGGACGCUGGUCAUCAGGAGGCGGACUCACGGCUGAAGGUCACAUGUAAAGGUCACAUGAUGAGUUUUGUCGUUAUGGUAACAGGGGGCGUAGUCUGUUGAUACCUGAGCUGCAGGUGUCGGGUGCUGUGUGCGUGUGUGUGUGUGUGUGUGUGUGUGUGCAUGUGUGUGCGUGUGCGUGUGUGUGCGUGUGUGUGUGUGUGUGCGUGUGCGUGUGUGUGUGUGUGUGAUCCUGGGGGAAGAAUCAGAGUGAGAGCUCUUUACCUUCUGUUCCUUCUCUGCAGUGCUCAGAGUCAGCGGGUGAGAGCAAAGAUCCUCGGCUGAGAGACAGAGCUCAUCUUCUUCAUGCAGCAGCACAUGAUGUGAAGCUUCUUCACUUUUCUGUGACAUUUUCUGAUCCUUUGUUUUACUGUGGGACGUUUUUUCUUGUGGUGGCAGAGAUGCCGGUGCAAAUCCCGGAUGACUCUGACUUCUCUUCGUUCAAAGAUCAGUGUCUGAGCACAGACGGAUGGAUCAGCCGCUACAGCAAAGGUGGUGUGACGGUGUGGUGCCGGGAGGAGGAGAGCAGGGCAGUCCAGAAGCUCAAGAUGAGGAUCGUGUGUAAAGACGUGACUGCAGAGACGCUUUACGACGUCCUCCAUGACACCAGCUACCGCAGGAAGUGGGACACCAACAUGAUCGACACGUACGACAUUGGCAGACUGACCGUCAACGCAGACGUUGGAUAUUACUCAUGGAGAUGUCCGACUCCUCUGAAGAACAGAGACUUCGUAACAAUGAGAUCUUGGCUUCCUCUCGGCAGCGACUACUUGAUCAUCAACUGCUCCGUCAAACACCCGCAACAUCCUCCAAAGAAGGACUACGUCCGAGCCGUGUCCCUGCUGACCGGAUACCUGAUCCAGUCCAACGGCGCCACCAGCUCCACCCUCUACUACCUGACCCAGAUGGAUCCCAGAGGCUCUCUACCGAAGUGGGUGGUGAACAGAGUCUCUCAGUUUGUGGCUCCGAAGGCCAUGAGGAAGAUCUACAAGGCGUCAGUGAAGUACCCGGAGUGGAAGCGGAAGCACAACCCGGCGCUGAAGCCCUGGAUGUUCCCGGAGCAGAACACGCUGCCGUGCGUGCGCGUGUCCGAGCUGACGCUGCAGCGCGCCGACUCGCUGGACAACAUCGACGAGAGCAGCGUGCACGAGGGGAAGACACACAGCGAGGACGAGGACACCUGA